AUGUCCAAGCGAAUGAACAUCCUCGUUUACUCUGGUGCGCUCACUCAAGAUGCAUGGAGGAGUAAUAUAAAUCUAAUGCUAUCUCCAGGAAAUGGCAGCACUGUCGAAUCAGUCCGUCAUUGUCUCUACACCCUUCGGAGGCUCCUGGCUCCUCAUUAUGCUGUCAUCCCAGUUACUGGCGACAUGCUCAUCAAGGAGCCCUGGACAGCAAGCUGUGCUGCCAUAGUAUUUCCAGGCGGUGCUGAUCAGGGCUACUGCAAGACCCUUAAUGGUGAGGGUAACAGGCGUAUUCGACAGUUCGUCGAGCGCGGUGGUCUUUACAUUGGAUUCUGCGCCGGCGGCUAUUAUGGCAGCAAGAGAUGUGAAUUCGAGGUAGGGAACAGGCUCUUGGAGGUUGUUGGGGAUAGGGAGCUUGCUUUCUAUCCUGGCAUGGCUCGAGGAUGCGCCUUCUCGGGCUUUGUUUACCAUAGUGAAAAGGGGGCGCGGGCCGCCGAGUUGAAGGUGGACAAGACUUUGCUGGCCACAGGUGCUGUCCCGGAUGUGUUCAAGUCCUACUACAACGGAGGCGGCGUCUUCGUUGACGCGCCCAAGUAUAAAGAUCGCGGCGUCGAAGUCCUUGCCAGCUAUACAGAGCCUCUCGCGGUCGACUCUGGGGAAGGCGCAGCUGCCAUUGUCUAUUGCAAAGUCGGCCAAGGCGCGGCAUUACUGACUGGUCCACACCCAGAGUUUGUCUUCCUAGGAAAGCCAACGGACGACUGGUCACUGACGAAGCCUAGGUUUGCUGCAGCCAACCUUGAGCCAAAACCAGGUGUUCCUGGAUUCGCAGAUGUCAUCAAAACUCUGGCCGAGGACGAGAAGCACAGAAUGGAUUUCAUCAAAGCGUGUCUGACGAAACUUGGUCUCACUGUGAGCGGGGAGCAAAAUGUACCCUCCCUCUCCUAUAUGCAUCUUUCUUCAUCCGAUCCCACAGACACCACUGGCAUCAUAUCGUCCUUGAGCCAUCUCGUCGAGAAGGAUGAACAUGGAAACGAAUUUCUCAAGGAUGAAAAUGAUACCUUCCAGAUUUUGAAACCAUCCGUCUGGAAAAUGGUUGAUUUGACCAAAGCUUUAUCCUCGGACCCAGAGUCGAAGGAACUUGCUGACCAAAACGAUGGCAGCUCCGAUCGCAUAGUCGACUAUAACACGGUGAUCAAGAAGAUCAUUGUGCAUGAAGAUGAUCAUCCUCAGCCGAGGUCAACUCCCUACUUCAAUCACUCCGCUUUCUAUUCAAACCUGCACAAAUACCAGUCUCAAACACCUGGUGCCGUGAAUUUUGGUGCUCAUGUGCUAUACGGUGAAGUGGUCACAUCGACCAAUACCUUACUCGAGAAAAACUCGCGGCUUCUUCGACUUCUUCCGCAGGGGUUUACCGCAACAGCAACCGUUCAAGUUGCAGGUCGGGGCAGAGGGUCCAACGUCUGGGUAUCGCCAGCAGGAAGUUUAAUGUUCAGUACCGUCAUUCGACACCCGAUGGCGCAGAUGCAGUCUGCCCCGGUCGUCUUCGUCCAGUACCUGGCAGCAAUGGCCAUUGUCAACGGCAUAAAAACUUACGAUGGCUCACUCUACAAGGAGAUGCCAGUCAAGCUCAAGUGGCCAAACGAUAUUUUUGCUCUCGAUCCAGCAAAGGCAAAAGAAAAUGGCGGUGACAGGAGCGACAACUACACCAAAAUCGGGGGUAUCCUGGUCAACAGCCACUAUAACAGCAAAGAAUACAUUGCCGUUUGUGGAAUCGGGUUGAACACCGCAAAUUCCGUACCAACCACGUCGUUAAAUCAACUCAUUCAAUUCCUCCCACACAAGGUGGCUCCCUUUACGCUGGAAAAGCUGCUGGCCAGAAUAUUAACUGUGUUUGACGACCUUUAUGCUCGGUUUUUGGUGACGGGUUUCGACGAGGUCAUGGAGCAAAUGUACUACCGACACUGGCUUCAUAUGGAUCAGAUCGUCACACUCGAAGCUGAAGGUGGUCAACGUGCAAAGAUCAAGGGAAUCACGCGAGAUUAUGGUCUCUUGAUUGCAGAAGAACUUGGAUGGGAAGAUCGUGAGACCGGUAGGAGGUGGACGUUGCAAAGCGAUGCGAAUAGCUUUGACUUUUUCAAAGGUCUGGUAAAGGUGAGUCCCCUUCCCACUGACGUUGUUCUGCAUUUUAAUAAUCAUGCCCUGUUGUUGUUGUCAUCAACUCACAAUUCCCUGAGCACGUCUGAAAGCUGA